AUGGCUCCAGUAUCUGAGCAGCAUCCCGAACUCCUUGUCGACCAUAAUCCGCUGCAGGUCGAUGGGGAAGGGGAGGACAUUAGAAGCGAAACAGAGAGCAAGGAUGAUGCGGCUUUACUGAAAACUAUGGGCUAUAAGCCAGUCCUGCAUCGAACCUAUUCGUUAAUCGAGAACUUCUCGACCACUUUUGCCGCUCUGUACUUUGUCGGUGGAGUGCGUGUCACUUUCAGUACCGGUAUUGCAGCGGGAGGUAACUUGGCCUACUGGACGAGUUACUUGGUCACCGUCGUGUUCACCUUCAUCACUGCUGCUGUCGUUGCCGAAGUAUGCUCUGCCUCGCCGUCGGCGGGUUCCAUCUAUCUGUGGGCUGCUGAAGCUGGUGGUCCUCGAUUUGGAAGACUGCUUGGGUUCAUUGUCGCGUGGUGGAGUACCACGGCCUGGACGACUUUCUGUGCUAGCAACACUCAGUCUGCGGCUAACUAUAUGCUCUCGGAAUUGACCGUGUUUAAUGUCGACUUCCCUCAAGACACAACCAGCGUCAAGUUCCGUGCUGUGCAAUGGAUUGUUACUGAGAUCCUGCUGGCACUGGCCGCUUUGCUGAAUUUCAUGCCGCCAAAAUAUUUCAAAUGGGUCUUUUACUUCUCGUCCGCGAUCGUCAUGCUGGACUUUAUCCUGAAUGUCAUCUGGCUUCCCAUCGGCACGGCCAACACUUGGGGAUUCCGGACUGCGGAAGAAGCUUUCAUGUCGACGUAUAAUGGUACCGGUGCUCCGCCUGGUUGGAACUGGUGUUUGUCCUACCUCGCGACGGCUGGUAUUCUGAUCGGAUUCGAUGCCUCUGGUCAUGUCGCUGAAGAGACCAAGAAUGCUUCUGUCACGGCGGCUCGUGGUAUCUUUUGGAGUACGGUUGCGAGUGGGAUCGGAGGGUUUGCUACCAUCAUUCUCUUCUUGUUUUGUGCGCCCGAUCCAGACACGCUCUUUUCGUUCGGCUCGCCUCAACCGUUUGUUCCUCUCUAUGCCGUUGUGCUUGGAAAGGGUGGUCACAUUUUCAUGAACAUUAUUUGUGUCGUCGCACUGUGGCUGAACACGGCCAUCGCAAUCAUCGCUGCUUCUCGCUUAGUCUUCGCAGUCGCCCGUGAUGGAGUCCUCCCCUUCUCGGGCUGGGUAUCCAAGGUGAACAACGGCCAGCCUCGGAACGCCGUCAUUGUGGUCUGGGCCGUUGGUGCCAUCAUCACCUGCACUCUUCUGCCCUCCGACGUGGCUUUCACUUCCCUCGUCUCUGCCGCCGGUGUACCCAGUGCAGCCGCGUAUGGCGUGAUCUGCCUAGCUCGACUCCUCUGCACCCCGAAACGAUUCCCCAAACCACAAUGGAGUCUUGGGCGCUGGAGCAAGCCGUUCCAGUUCAUUGGCGUCUUCUGGAACGGAUGGGUUGUUGCCAUCUUAUUCUCUCCUUACGAGUGGCCGGUCACCGGAGCGAACUUGAACUAUGCCCCGAUUAUCAUGGCGUCUGUGACUAUCUUCGCUUUGAUUUCGUACUUUGUGAUGCCUGAGGAGAACUGGCUGCCGAAGAACCGCAUUUCGCAUUUCAUUGACAGCAAGGGAGCUGCACAGGAGACGGUGAAUGAGGUUAGUCCGUCCGAAGGAGAGGCUACUGGUGGUGCAUCGCACAGUUGA